GUGCUCCUGGGUGCACUUCCGAGUGUACUGAGAGUUUUGUGACGCACAACAAAAUAGAGAAAUAAUUAACACACGUCAUUUUUGACCUUCGGCUAGGCCCAAUAAACGAAGCGCAUACGAACGACAAAAUAACACGGAUAUUGUAUGAUUCGUUACGUCAUCUCCAGGAGCAACGCUAAACCGGAAGGGGAAAAAAACGUUUAUCGUUGCUAGGAUACAGUGCGGUAACUAUCCUGCUACAUUGACGCCUGUUUUGGUCAGGGCAAGGCUUCGCCAGAAACUUUAACACUCUGCAGCUUGCAAAUGUACCUUCUUAAGAAAUAGAUUUAUAUAAUGGAUACGAGAAUAAAGGUACCACAGGAUCUGAAAGCUAAAGUGAUGCUAUGGACAGAUGUGAGCUACCAUGACAUGGAGGAGAUCGACAAAAUGCAAUCCAUUCCUGAUCUUGAGAGUGUUUUAUGCAGUGUGUUUGGAGUUGACCUCCCAGAACCGAAAAGAGGAGUUUUGCUGGAGUUGUAUGUGCAGACUGUGCUUUUUUGCAGAGAGCGCAGCUUCAAAAAGGAACAGACAUCUGCCCUCUUGUCCAUCAUCAAGUCCAUCCAUGAGGCUAAUGUAGAAACUCCACUCAACAACAUCGAGCAGAGUUUCAAAUAUUGCAAGGAGCUACUCCUCUGUCACUCAGUCAGGCGACCUCCAUUUAGCAUCAACCUCUUCAGCCCUGAGGAGGUGACCACUAUCUUAAAUUACAUCUUUAACAGCUACGUGAGACACUACAAACUCUACAAAUAUAUUUUCACUCCACAGGUAAUACUAGAUUUGUCUUUAACUUACUCUGGAAUACCAAACCGGGAAGAAGCUGCCAUGGAGGAUUCUUCUGCACUGGAUGCUGAAAAUGUGAAGGAAACGGAAGGGGAAGCGGCCCCAAAGACAGACAGCUCCCUUCAAACACAGGAAGCAUUCAUCGCAGAACCAGAGGAAGACACGCCCGGUUCAAAGUCAGGACUGAAAGCACUGAUCGAGAAAGAGGUCAGAGAGCAGAUGAUGCUGGUGUCUGGACAACUGGAUCAGCGAAUGAAGGAAAUUGCAGAUCAGCACAACAGAGCGCUAGAGUCUCCACAGCUCAACCACAAGGCCAAAAAAUAAGUCAUAAAAUAAAAUAAGUCAAUUCAAACUCAAAGUUUAGUUUUAUUGUCAAUAAAACCUUUGUAUACAGUA